GUCUCAAAGCGACAUACAUUCUCGAAAUUCUUUCAAGCUACGUCAGCGCGGGCAGAAUUGGAUUGGCUCUGUUGAGAGCAGGAGAGUAUACAGCUAGCGUAAGUUAUACAGCAUAAUGGAGCUGGAUCUGAACUCGCGCAACGCCAAGUGGAACCGUGAGCAGAAUAAGCGGCGUGAGCAGGCCAAACGCAAGAUCGAGACGGAGCGGCGUAAGCGUGCGGCAGCCGCCAAGGCGAGCGAGGAGCUGGAGAAACUGCAGAUGCAAAAGCGCGUGGAGCGCAUCGCGGAGCUGGAACGGCAGGAGCAACAGGCGCUCGAAGAGCAGCGACUGACGGGUGGCAUCAGAUACCUGAAGCAGCUGCGACCUGUUCCCACUACGGGGGAUGGCGACAAGAUCGCGCUGCCCGUGUCGGCGUUGGAGGAGCUCAACCCGCAGAACGCGCUGGAGCUUGGUGUAUUCACGUUCGAGCUAUCAUUCGAUGAGGACCAACAAGGUGGAGAGGCGUCCAUUGCAAAGCGACAGACUCAUGCUGGCGUACUGGAGUUCGUGGCGGACGAAGGAACGGUGGGGCUCCCGCCCAAGGUCGCCGCAUCGCUAUUCCGACACACCAAAGAGCUCCCUGACAGUAUUCAGGUGCGCUUCGUGCGACUAGAGAAGGGCAAGUUCGCGAGUUUGCAGCCGAGAGGAGAAGGCUUCGGCGACCGUCAGAUCGACUUUAAGCACAUGCUCGAGCGCUCGCUCAAGGCGCACACGACGUUGACGGAGGGCGAUGUGCUAUUCGUCCGACAUGGAAGAGAGACGUUCGAAGUUCUCGUGGCGGAACUGAAACCCGAGAGAGCUAUUAACAUCCUGAACACAGAUCUCGAGGUGGAUAUGAUCCCGUGCGAGGCAGUAGCCAAGAAGAAGGAGGCCGAGAGACAAUUAGAAGAAGAAGCGGCGCGCGCUGUUGCGCUGGCUCAGGAAAAAGAGCAGUGGAAGGCGGGCAAGUUGACGAAGUUGGUCCCGGAACCUCCUUUGGACGAGCGUCUUCAGGUUAAAUUGGUGUUGAGAAUGCCGGAGGGACAGUCGACUCGUCGAUUCCUGCAUUCAUCGCCUCUUCAGAGUGUAUUCGACUACAUUGAGGCGCUGACAGGCGAGGAAGCCCGAUACUUUCGGUUGGUAGCUACGUACCCACGUCGACUCUUUGGAGUAGAUUCGGCAGACAAGUCCCUGCAAGAGCUCGGCCUGAAUGGCCGCCAAGAAGCGCUUUUUGUUGAAAAGAUCGAGGUUACGCCUGAACCCGCUGCCUCAGAAAAUAUAAAUGGAGAGAUCUUGGUGGCUCGGCCACGAACGCAACUACCGGGCAGCUGGGAGGAGGCUCGACAGACGCUGGAAAAGUGGCUAGACGAGAGUAUGCACUCAACCGUUGUUCCUGCCAUUCACGCCAUGGAACCUGCCAUGCCUGUCGCGCAGUCCGCAGACCAAGAGACUAAGUGGCAAGCACAGUUGAGAGAGCUGGAGGAGAUGGGCUUCAUGAAUCGAUCGCUGAAUAUCGAGGUGCUUGAGCGAUAUCAAGGUCGUUUACUACGUGUGGUCAACUAUCUGUCCGAAAUGGGUUCCCCUCCUGAAGCUGCUGAUAGCGGAGUUACCGUAAUGGAAGACUAAGCACAGAAUUGCAAUAUCUAGCCAGUAACAACAUGCAACAUGAUACCACUCGGCACUUUAGCUCUA